AUGUUCAACAUCUUCACCCGGUCUUUCCUAGGGUCUCAGCGUGGGUUGCGACAAGCUUCUGCUGAGAGCUCAGUCUCGCCUGUGGAGACUUCGGAGAUCAACACACCGGUAGCUACUGGGUCUGCGAGGCCCCUAGACCGCUACAUGCAGAACGGCCAACCAAAUUUCCUACCUAUCUACGACGUUACUCGCUAUGCUGAGCUACUCCCCGAGUUCAACUCUUCUCUCUUCUCGCACGCUUCCGAGGGUGUCGAGAGGGCGUUCAUGCUGCGCUACACUCAGAAGCUGAUAUCCUUGGUCCAUUCGGCUAAGACUAGCGAUGAGCAGCUCAUGAAUAACCCCUUCGAAUGCAGGUUUGCAGUACCGAAGAGCGAUAUUGCUGGUGCGUUGAGUGCAAUACUACUCAAGUGCAGUCUCGAUGGCGCGACUUUAGGCAACCCUCGAGUACCGUCGUUCCACAGUGAUGCGGCCUUCGUUUUGAAGAUGACCCAACGGUGCUGUUUCUCAUUAGCCACUGUUCUGGCUGGUUUAGACUACUUCGUCCGUCUGAUCGACAAGGGCUUGGUUCGCUUGCAUCACACAUCUUGGAGGUCGUUGUGGGUGUGCUGCAUGCUGCUGGCGGAGAAGAUGUGGGAGGACAACUUUGUACAUCCGGCGCAUAUUAUGGGGCAGUACAGCGCGAGUGCGCAUACUAAGAGGGAGUAUCUCCAGCUUCAGAUGGGCAUCCUGAAGGUCCUCAAUUGGGAUAUGAAUAUCACAUUGAAGCGGUUCACCGAUUUGGUGGCGGACAUCAUGGCAUAUUCGGUGUCGCCCGAGGUCUUCGGUGCAGUCCCUGGCCAUCCUGACAAAUUGUUUGUGCCAAGGUAG